ACCCGACCGGCCAGGCGACCUUAUCACGACGACGCACCACCAGCCCAUUCCAAUCCAUUCCAGCACUUUCAUCUUCUCUCUCUCUCUUUCCGCCACGCAGGCAGGCGCACCACAAGCAUAUAUACACACCAGCCCUUUGUCUGACAAGCGUCAGGCAGGCGGCACCCGGCUGACAAGAGAAAGAUGGCGUCGACGUCGACGGCGCCGAACCUGGACGGUAUCCUGCUGCUCGAGGCGCCCUUUGCGCGGGUUCCCCACGAUGAGCUUCGCCGCCAGCUCCGGACGCAGCAGCGCCUCGUCGAGCGAGAACUCACGCUUGCGUCGACAGCCUUUGACACGGCUGCCAAGGCCCUCGCGGGCGACGUGAAUGGCGAUGGCGAUGCCGGCGCGGGCAACGUCGAGGCGAAUGGAGACACGAGCAUGUCGAUGGAGAUGUCGAUGCCGAUGUCGACGUCGACGUCGACGUCGAGCGACAUUGAAAGGAGCCUCGAUGGCGUCAUUGGACGGCUCAAGGGCCUCAAGCGCAAGCUCUCAUCGACUGUGCACGAAAGCACCGCUUCGACACUUAAGCAGCUCGACUCGCGCACUGCGCAUCUAGACAAGCUGCACCAAAUCACAACGACGGCCUCGUCCGACUUUGAUGAAUGGUGCCGGACGCGCCUCGAUCGCAUGCUCAUCGACUGGAUGCUCAGGAAGGGCUACUCGCGCAGCGCAGCCACGCUCGCAAAGAGCCGGAGCAUCGAGGACUUUACCGACCUUGACCUCUUCUCGGAGAUCGUAAAGGUCGAGGCCAGUCUCGGCGGCAACUCGAUGGACGAGGAGACGGGGCCGGGGGGCAGAUUGCCGCAGAGGACCUGCGCCCUUGCCCUGGCAUGGUGCUCGGAGAACAAAGCUGCGCUGCGAAAGAUCAGGUCAACGCUCGAAUUUGAUCUUCGCCUCCAGGAGUUCAUCGAGCUGAGCCGGACUAGAAAUCCAGAAUCGCUGAGGGAAGCCAUUGCAUACAGCCGCAAACACCUCUUGCCAAUCCUGCUGGCAGCACCGCCAGCGUCAGCGACUAAUCUGGACAAGGACAACGGCACCUCGACGGCGACAACAAAGACCAAGGAGCAGGAAAGGGAAGAGGCAGAGGAACGCGAACAGCACGAGCGCUCUCAGAAGCAAGUGAGCCGCGCAAUGGGCCUCCUUGCCUGCGGCCCCAAGGGAUGGGCGUAUGGGGACCUUUACGACGAGAGUCGAUGGGAGAAGCUGCGCAUGACGUUUCGAUCGUGCGCCUUGCAGAUCCACAGCAUGCCCGCGCAGCCCAUGCUCCACAUCGCCCUGAGCGCAGGUCUGUCUUCGCUCAAGCUUCCCGCCUGUUUCGCCAAUGGUGCAGGAGAAGACGGCAGUGCUCGACAGGGAGGUGUCGGCCCGCCAGCCCACCUUGGCGGCCGUGCGUUUGGCGACGAUAGAAACAACCUGCUGGAUGUGUCGGGCGCCACGACCAGCGUGACAGCGGCCCCCACAUUCCCGCCUGCUGCUGGUUUGACUGCCUCGUCGCCGCCCUCUGCCUCUGGACGAGGAGCUGUCUCGUCGCUCUUCAGUCAGCCGACGGGCGGACCGAUUCCAUCGACGAUGCUUACUCCACAGAACCCGUGGAGCAUCCAUCAGAUGAGCCACGACUCUUCCCUGUCACUCAAUAGUCCUCACAACGGCGGCGACAGCAAUAGCAACAGCAACAGCAACAGCAACAGCAACAGCAACAAUCAGGGCAACAGUAGCAGAGACAACAACGGCAACAGCAAGGGUCAUCCAAAGGGCAGCAAGCACGAAUCAAAGAAUAAUGACUGCCCGGUCUGCGAUGGCGCGGGCCUGGGUCAGCUGGCGCGAGAGGUGCCCUGGAGCCACCACAUCAACUCGACGCUCGUCUGUCGCAUCACGGGCAAGAUCAUGAAUGAAAACGAUCCACCGAUGGUGCUGCCCAACGGCAGGGUCUAUAGUCGUACGGCGCUUGAAUCACUUGCCGCUUCGAACCCAGACGCACUUGUACAGUGCCCCCGAACAGGCGACAAAUAUCCCUUUGACAGUCUUCAGAAGAUCUACAUCAGCUAGCGUGCCCUUUCUUUGACUUUAUUGUCUUCCCAUGUAACAUGACGACGAUUUGUACUGUACUGUAACGACACAUUCAUGCCUCGAUCUACUCAAUAGCUAGCAGCCCGCAAGAGCACGGCAUGCAAUCCUGCCGUCACU